AUGAAACCAACACCAGUUUUCUACUAUUACAAGCCAGGGUCCCGGUGCGAAAAGGCACUGUGGAGAGGAUGUCCCACCAUGAAUAUGUUCCAAGACCAGUACCAAUGCGUGGACAAAUGCAUAUAUAAGAUGUUCAAGAAAAAUAUCGAUGAGAACACUAUCCUGCCUCCGGUUAGAGUAACGAAGAAUAAUACACAAUAUUCAUGUGAAGAUUAUUUCAAUGGAAAGAAGUGUACUGAUGAAGAAAUCAGCGUAUUUACAUACGAUAGAACUUCAGAUACAUGUGCGCAAGCAACAUGGAGAGGAUGUCCGACUACCAACAAAUUUUUCAGUUUACACAGCUGCCUCAAAUACUGUAAAUUGCACCACGUACAUGCCUAUGAAGAUUGGAGAGCCGAACUCGAUGCUAUCUCGAAUAAUGACGCUAAGGUUAUCAACGAAAUCGUCGAUCAUAUAUUAGAAGAUUAUGGUAAAGGAGUAAAAUGGGGUAGUCAUAAAUUAAAAGGUGUGAACAUAACUGAAUUUGAAGAGGAAGAAAGUAGCAAACCCUCAAUGAAAACUACUAGAGAAUACCAGGAAACUACUAAAGAAUACGAAGAAACACGAGAACACGAGAAAACUACUACGGAACACAUAGAAACUACCACAGAACAUAAAGAGACUGCUACAGAACACAAGGAAACGGCUAUGGAACUGAAAACUACUUUGAGAACUGAAGAAACUACAAAAUACGAGGAAACAACUACAAUUACUUCGCUAAAGAACAGAACGAUUCCUCCAUCAGAAAACUCAACAGUAGUUACCAAUGAAGGUAUUACAAAACUAACAACGCAAAAGGAGCAAAAACCCAAUGAGUUGCCAGAAGAGACAAGAUUGAUUGAGUACGAAUAA